AUGGACAAUGAAUUAGGAAGGCGAGUACCCUCUAAUGGUGCUACUGUACCCUCUAAUGGUACUACUGUACCCUAUAAUGGUACUACUGUACCCUAUAAUGGUACUACUGUACCCUCUAAUGGUGCUACUGUACCCCCUAAUGGUGCUACUGUACCCACUAAUGGUGCUACUGUACCCUCUAAUGGUGCUACUGUACCCUAUAAUGGUGCUACUGUACACUCUAAUGGUACUACUGUACCCUCUAAUGGUACUACUGUACCCUAUAAUGGUCCUACUGUACCCUCUAAUGGUACUACUGUACCCUCUAAUGGUACUACUGUACCCUAUAAUGGUCCUACUGUACCCUCUAAUGGUGCUACUGUACCCCCUAAUGGUGCUACUGUACCCUCUAAUGGUACUACUGUACCCUCUAAUGGUACUACUGUACCCUCUAAUGGUACUACUGUACCCCCUAAUGGUGCUACUGUACCCUCUAAUGGUACUACUGUACCCUUUAAUGGUACUACUGUACCCUCUAAUGGUCCUACUGUACCCUCUAAUGGUGCUACUGUACGAGUGGACUGUACCCUCUAA